CGGGGCCCCGCCGCCCGCCUUAUAAGCUGCGCGGCGAGCUGAACGCCGCGGGCUCAACUCCAGGCGGUUUGGGCCGUGACGCUCCUCGGCGAUCUCCUCCCUCGGCGAGCCCGCGGGCGGGCGCCCCUCAGCCAGGAAAGCCUGUCACACUGGUGGCUGAUGCCCAGACUAGACGACCACCCCUGGAGCGGUCCCAGCGCUAAGGGCGCGAAGCACAGAAGCCACCUGAGGGCCAGUGCCAGAGGGCUGGAGGCCAAAGCGGGAGAAAUGAGCACCUCCUCAGUGUCAGGCCCCUCUCCCCUGGUGGCCCACAGUGCCCGGGGCGCUGACCCGGCUCACGGGCCCGGGAGCGCCGCUGUGGGAGGCCAUGGCAGCAGCGGCCACAUCACCAGCUGGCAUCACCACCUGGUGCAAAGGAGCCUGGUGCUGUUCUCGGUGGGCGUGGUCCUGGCCCUGGUGCUGAACCUGCUGCAGGUCCAAAGGAACGUCACCCUGUUCCCUGAGGAGGUCAUCGCCACCAUCUUCUCCUCCGCCUGGUGGGUUCCCCCGUGCUGUGGGACAGCAGCUGCUGUCGUCGGCUUGCUUUACCCCUGCAUUGACAGUCGCCUUGGAGAGCCACACAAGUUUAAGAGGGAGUGGGCCAGUGUGAUGCGCUGUGUCGCAGUUUUUGUUGGUAUCAAUCACGCCAGUGCUAAAUUGGAUUUUGCCAAUAACGUUCAGCUCUCCUUGACGUUAGCAGCCCUGUCUUUGGGCCUUUGGUGGACAUUUGACCGUUCAAGAAGCGGCCUUGGGCUUGGGAUCACCAUCGCCUUCCUCGCCACUGUGAUCACUCAGCUGCUGGUGUACAAUGGUGUCUAUCAGUACACGUCCCCGGACUUUCUGUACAUCCGCUCCUGGCUCCCGUGCAUCUUCUUCUCGGGAGGUGUGACCGUGGGAAACAUAGGACGACAGCUAGCCAUGGGUGUUCCUGAAAAGCCACAUAGCGAUUGACUCUUCAAACCCACUGACCCUGAAGAAUGGCAAGAUUUGGGAGGAAAUCUGGGAUACUGGAUUGUGACAAAGAUUAUCUUUUUUCCUCAAUAAUCUUUUUAGAUUGGGCUGACUGUACAAGUGACUCCUGGAAAACAGUUCACCUGUUUUAGAGCAGCAGACUGGGAAGAUGACCACUUGUGUUGAGAUGUCACCUUGCCUGAUGGCAUUCACGCCUGGGUCUGCUCAGGAGGCCCCCAAGUGCAGGCCGGCCGGCUGCAGGGUCCCGAGGAUUCGGUUUCAUGUGUCAUUAAAAGCAAGUUGCCAUAUUUCCAAGCCUUGAACUAAAGCCUAACUACCAGCUCUGGUUUUGUAUCAGCGCCCAGGGGAGAGCUCGAUGGUGCUUACAAAGAUGAAGUGUGAUAAAAUAGGAAUAUUACUUAUCCAAAAGAUUUCUAAAAUAGGGUUGUGUAAAAAAAGAGAAAGGCAGGGGCGGCGAGCUUAGGGUGGCAGUGCCGGGCGCCCCGUCCCGCAGCUGCGCACGUGUCCCAGCGUACGGCUGUGCUUUUCAUUCCUCCGUGGAGUCGCAUGUAGACAAUCUUACCGAGAGCAGAAGGCAAUGAGAGGUCAUCGUUCUGCACUGUGAUGUGCUGGAAUGUCCACCUCAGUAUUUAUGCAGUUUAUCCAGAAUCCGUAAUCGUCUAGGAGGGGCACCUGCCUGCCGUGUGUCUCAGUCUUAGUGAGCCAAAAUCGUGUGUUUCUUUGAUACUCCAGAACAGAGAUGACUGUUUUUUUCCCACAGCCCUAUGGGAUUUGCAAUCUGUGAUUGCCUUGUAAAAAGAAGAGUGCGUAUGUCACUGUAUUAAACAUUUGGUGUUUCUAAAUACUCAAAGACGUGGUGAGCACAAUGUAUUCAUUUAAUGGCAUAGACCAUGUUUGUUAGACCCAGUUUGCAAGUACUGGGUCUUCAACUUCAAGUGCAAUGUAUAUGAAAACCAACCUGAGCCUUGUAUCCUCUUAAAUAUUUAUUUUUUUAACGUAUGAGGUGUUACGGAGGGUUCUCCAUUUCAGUGCUGCAUGGGGGCAAGAUUCAGCAACAGCCCCUCUCAGUUGUGCAGUUACUUCGUUGCUGUGCUCUCCACUGAGCCGGUCCUUUGAAAUACUCCAGUUUUGUGCGUUUAGUAAACUUGUAAUUUUUACUCACAAAUUUACCUUUUUGUAUUUUGCAAUUUAAAUGUUUUGGUUGUUUUACACUCUGUGAACAUGGCUGGAUGAAAAGACUCCUUCCCCCUGAGCGCCACUGCCAGCAGCCGUGGGCUGUGCUCUCAGCUCCCCUCACGUGAUGGUCCUCGUUGCAGUUGGGUUUUGUUUUGAGGAAAAUAUCCUGGAGUAAAUUUUAGGUUACUGUAGCUAAUUUGUUUUAGAGGAAUUUUGCUUAAAAGAAAAUAGGAUCAUUCUGAACUUUGCAAUGACCCCCUUACACAUUUUUCUGAAAUCAAACAGCUAUGUGAAAAGAGUUUUCAAUGAGGCUAUCAGCAUUUUAUGAAAAACCAGAAGCUGUUAGAUGACAGCAGGCAUUGAAUCUUUCAAAUAUACUUGAUCAUGCACAGUGAGUAUUUUUUUCUCUUAAACUGGAAAUAAAUCUAUACCUGUUAGAAACAAUGUAGCCAAAAGAUGUGAAUCUGAAGAAUUUUGUUGCCAGAUUACUUUAUAGCGAGUGUAUGAACCAAAGCCAUCUGAGUCUGUAGACUGUCAACUAGUGUGAACACGCUUUGCACUAUGCCAGGUUUGAACAUUAGCGGGAUCCACAUUCACACCAAGUUUUCAGCAUUGUGUUCUUUUGCAUUCAUUUUUUACUUUUAUUAAAGGUUCAAAACCAGC